GAUGCGAUAAGAACGAUGGGCAGCGCGCAUGACAGUCUGAGGCUGGCGCCGGCGCCCAUCUCACUAACAGCGAUCGCUGCUCUCAACGUGCUUUUCCUGUCCGAUGCCGAGAUUCUUCAUCGAGCCACGGGACUUUUCAGUAGCGCGUUCCAGCAGCUACAAGCCUACAAUUUCGAGCAAGUGGCGGUUGGGCCCACUUCCUUUUUCGUGACUGCUGCUGCGUUUGGCCACCGAUCUGAUCCCCCGUUUGGGCAAUCCACGUUACCCAACCUCCCCCCUUGGGUCGGAAGAUGA